UAUAAUGGAUCAUCCAUCCUAUUUAAACCUUGGACAUCGCUACCUUUCCCCAAUUUGCUAUCCCUUCGAGAAAUCGGCCGACGAUUUGCAAAAUCAUUAAUGGAUCAUCCAUCCUAUUUAAACCUUGGACAUCGCUUUCUGAUGUUGGACCCCUCUGUUCCGUCGUUGUGAACCUCAUAGCCUCACGCCACCGCGCCGAUUGUGUUCCAGUUUUAGAGCUUGACGUCGCUGCUGUACUUGAUUUUAAUUAACUUGUCGGGCAGCUUAAACUCAUCAAGUUCAAAGGCCUCUGGCAAGUGAUUGAGCAAUAAGGACGAGUAGAUUCUUCAGGUGGCAACUCAAUAGCAGUUGGUCGAGAAGCUUGUUUUACUUUAAGCAAAGCCUCGCUACAAACGGAUUUCACAAUGAAUUUGGAUAAGAGCUGGACUAAAAUCACUAAUAAAGUAGAUCCAAAUUUCAUAAGAGGAGCCAUAGCGUUUGCAAAAUGGGCUGAAAGAUAUGCUGAUACUGAAGGUCGGAUACAUUGUCCAUGUAGAAAUUGUGUGAAUGCAAGAAGACAUGUUCCCGAUGUUGUUGCUGAUCAUAUCAUACAGUAUAGUUUUGAACCAACAUACAAUGUAUGGAUAUAUCAUGGUGAACAUCUGCCAGGUUAUGAAACAGACACAGACGAAACAAACAGUGAGUUUGAAGAAAGUGAUAACGAAUCAAAUGACGGUGUUGGUGAGUUACUUGAUGAUGCUUUUCCUACGGGUGGCAAUACUGAAGCCGGAAACUUUAGGGACGGUACUGAUCAGCGUAGUAACCCAAAUGUGGAGAAGUUAUUUGUCGAUAUGAUGAAGCCUUUAUACCCAGGGUGUGAUGAGUUUUCUGUACUAGGCUUUUUAUUGGAGUUGAUGAAUGUCAAGGUAACAUGUAAAAUGACAAAUGUGUCAAUGGAUAUGAUUCUAAAUUUAUUCAGUCGGGCUUUCAAAGACGCAAACUUGCCCAAGAACCAUUAUGAAGCGAAAAAGUAUUUACGCACUCUUGGACUUGGAUACGAAUCUAUCCAUGCGUGUAAACAUGAUUGUGCAUUAUUUUGGAAAGAAAAUGCAAAUUUACAAACUUGUCCGGUGUGUAGCACUAGUCGUUAUGAAGAAAAUAGUAAAGGGAGGAAGAAGCCGGUAAAAAUCUUGCGUUACUUUCCUAUCACAAGUAGACUUAAGCGUUUAUAUGCCUCGAGACACACUGCUAAGGAAAUGUUAUGGCACGAUCAUUACAGAACCAAAGAGGAGGGGGUUCUUAGGCAUCCGGCUGACGGAAAGGCAUGGAAACAUUUUGAUACAACGUUUCCUGAUUUUGCAAAUGAUCCUAGAAAUGUUCGCCUAGGGCUUGCAAGUGACGGUUUCAAUCCUUUCGGUGCAAAGAGUCUUUCCUAUAGUAUGUGGCCUGUUGUGCUCAUACCAUACAAUAUGCCUCCUUGGAAGUCUAUGGUCGAUGCUUCAUUUAUGUUAGCAUUGUUGAUUCCUGGAAAAGAUUCACCAGGAAAGGAUAUUGAUGUAUUUUUACGUCCGCUUAUAGAUGAGUUGAAACUUCUGUGGGAUACGGGUGUUGAAACAUAUGAUUGCGAAUCAAAACAGACAUUCAACAUGCGUGCUGCACUUCUGUGGACAAUUAAUGAUUUUCCUGCGUAUGGUUACCUGUCCGGAUGGAGCACGAGUGGAUACAAGGCAUGCCCAAUAUGCAAUGAAGAUGCAAGUAGUAUAUAUAUACGAGAUAAAAUAGCAUAUGUAGGUCAUAGGCGAUUUCUCCCACUCGAUCACUCUUGGAGGAAAGCACGAGAUUUCAAUGGAAAGAAAGAGACUAGGCUUGCACCUAAACCUGUCAAUGGAGAUGAUUGCUUACGUCAGUUAGAACAUCUCACUAUACAUCAUCAUGGAAAACAUAAGGCUCAUGGAGGUAAAAAGAGAAAACGGAACCCAGACGAUUUAAACUGGUCAAAGAGAAGCAUCUUCUUCGAACUCCCAUAUUGGCCUAAGUUGUUGAUUCGUCACAACAUUGACGUGAUGCAUGUUGAAAAAAAUGUGUGUGAGAACGUGUUAGGAACCCUGUUAAACAUAGAAGGAAAGACGAAAGACACUGACAAAGCUCGGCUAGAUUUGGAAGAUAUGAACAUACGUAAAGAGCUUCACUUGGUGAGGAAGAAUGAUCACUGGGUGAAACCACAUGCUUCGUACGUUUUAACUCGCGAUGAGAGAAAACAAUUUUGCAAUUUACUUAGCUCGGUGCGUUUUCCAGAUGGGUAUGCUGGAAAUUUAGCUAAAAAUGUAAAUGUUGAGGACGGUAAGGUAUAUGGGCUUAAAUCACAUGAUUGUCACGUCUUGAUACAACGCAUCAUUCCUAUUGCAAUUCGUCCCUUUAUGACAAAACAAAUUCGCGAUGCGAUAGUGGAGUUGUCUCUAUUUUUCAAGAAACUUACUGAAGUCACAUUACACGUCACAGAAUUGGAAGCGUUACAAAAAAACAUAGUCAAGAUUAUGUGCAAGCUUGAACAAAUAUUUCCCCCGUCAUUUUUUACAGUUAUGAUGCAUUUGUGUGUGCAUCUUCCUCAAGAGGCAAUUUUGGGAGGACCUGUGCAAUCAAGGUGGAUGUAUCCGAUCGAAAGAUACCUUGGCCAUUUAAAGAAAUAUGUUGGAAACAAUGCAAAACCCGAAGGCUCGAUAGCAGAAGGUUAUGUUGUUGAGGAAGCUAUAACAUUUUGUUCACACUAUUUACGAGGUGUUGAAUCAAAGUUAGAUAAACGUGAUAGAAAUGUUGACAAAACCUCUAGUGAUGCUCGAAGCUUUGCGUUAGAUAUUUUUAGAUUGAAUGGUCGAGGUGUUGGGAAGAAAGAAGUUCAUAUGCUUCCUACUAAUCUUAUGAAGAAAGCAAUAUGGUUUAUCUUCAACAAUUGUCAAGAGGUUCAACCGUACUUAGAGGAACACUUACAAAUUUUACAAAAUCAACAUCCGGAAUCAUCAGAUUUUUCUGAGAUGCAACAGUCUACAUUCCCGGAUUGGUUUGCAAAACGAGUUCGAGAGAUGUAUGCGCUCAAUCCAUCUCAAAUUAAUGAGGAGUUAUAUGCACUGUCUUGCCUUCCUGAUAAUCGAGUUUCGUCACAAAGGGGAUACAUAGUGAACGGAGUAAAAUUUUUAGUUAAGUCAAGCGAUGACUGCAGACAAACACAAAAUUGUGGAGUUACGGUACCGGGCGUUCAUAAUGAUAUCGAGGACGAUUACUAUGGUUUGAUACUGAUCGACGAAGAAAGCACGUGAUAUUUGAACCUCAUUUCAUAAGCAUAGACACGUCCCGGCAUGCUUAUAAGGAUGAUCCUUUCAUUUUAGCAAACCAGGCAAAACAAGUGUUUUAUAUAAAUGAUAUACUUAAACCAAAUUCACAAUGGAAAAUCAUUGAAAGAAUUACCCAUAGGCACUUGUGGGAUAUUCCAGAAAAUCAGAAUGCAGAAGAUAUAUUAGAAGAUGUCAACCUUCAUCGUGAAGAUGUUGAAGAUGAAAUUGUUGAAACUAUUGAUGUUCAACAUCAUUCUGAUGGCACUAUAGAUGGUUUUAUUACUGAUGAGAUAGAUGAUUCUGAUCAUAGCAUGGAGGAUUUUGAUUCAGAGACAAAUUUGGAUGAGUCAGAUGCUGAUAAGCCCAAUAAUGAAAUUGAAAAUGAUGAGUCAGACAAUGAUGAUUGAUAAUGUUCAUUCUAUAAAUUUUGUAAAAGUAUAAUUAUCAAGGAAGGAAUCACACCUAGUAUUUAAUAAAGUUUGGCAAAGUUGAACAACACUCGAUUUUGGUUUGGAUUGAGCUCAAUGAUGUGUUUUAGAGGCUUGUGCUACUUGGACGUGUGAAGGUUGUUAAUGUGCUGCAAUCGGUUGAUUUAGAUGUUAAUAAUUUUAUUAUGUAUUUUCUUGAACUUUGCACUUAUUUUAUAUUCAUUUAGACUAGUUUUGGAAAUAUCAUGUAUUAUGUUAAAUGUAUAAUGCGUAUGCUUUUUUUUUCAAA